AGAGACGCCACCACCAUUCUGAUGCGCUCUUUUGUUUGAUUCAUUCUUCUUUUCUUGCUCUGCUGGCCUUGCUUUGGCAACCACUAACAACGUGGAGCUUUACAGUUGCUGACAGCAUGUCUAGCCGGAGGAAGCGGGGAGCUGCAGGAGCAAACGACGGUGGUGCACUUGCAUUCAAGAAGAAACUGAAGAGCGAUGAUGAAAUUCUGGCGAAAGUUGCGAAGCUGUCGGAAGCGGAGAAGAAGAAGCCGAAGGAAAGUGUAACUUUGCAAGACCUUAACCUGCCAAAUGUGAGCAAAGAAGUGGUUGAUCUGGGGGCUCCCCAAGUGAUCUCAGAGAUUGAGAAGACAAUGCUGUCGGUGGCGGCAUCGAUCUUGAAUGGACAUGGUUUUGGAUACACUAUACCUACAAGGACAUCUGCAAACCAGCUGUAUGUGCCACAGCUUGAUCGAAUUGUAUUGAAGGACAAAUCUUCCUUCCGUCAGUAUGGAAACAUGUCGACAGUCAGAAAGACGGCUAUCACCACACGCAUCUUGCAACUCAUACACCAGCUGUGCAACAAAGGCAUCCACGUGACAAAGCGCGACCUGUUCUACACGGACGUGAAGCUGUUCCAGGAGCAGGGGCAGUCCGACACUAUCCUGGAUGACGUCAGCUGCAUGCUGGGCUGCACCAGGUCGAGCCUGAACGUCGUUGGUUCCGAGAAAGGCGUCGUUGUCGGCCGCUUGAUUUUUGUCGAAGACGGUGACGUCAUCGACUGCACAAAAAUGGGCGUUGGUGGGAAGGCCAUCCCGCCAAACAUCGACAAGGUGACGGGGUUUCAGAGCGACGCCAAAUUCAUCCUGCUGGUCGAGAAGGACGCCGCCUUCAUGCGCCUGGCAGAGGACCGCUUCUACAAUCGCUUUCCGUGCGUCAUCAUCACGGCGAAGGGUCAGCCUGACGUCGCGACGCGGCUGUUCCUCAAGAAGAUGAAGAGCGAGCUAAAGAUCCCCGUCCUGGGCCUGGUGGAUAGCGAUCCCUACGGCCUCAAGAUUCUCUCCGUGUACAUGAGCGGCUCCAAAAACAUGUCCUACGACAGCUCCAACCUGACGACCCCAGACAUCAAGUGGCUGGGCGUGCGGCCGUCCGACUUAGAUAGGUUCAAGAUCCCGGAGCAGUGCCGGCUGCCUAUGACAGACGCCGAUAUGAAGACCGGAAAGGAGAUGCUGGAAGAGGACUUCAUCAAGAAAGACCCCCGGUGGCAUGCCGAACUGGAGCUGAUGGUCAAAAAGAAGGAGAAGGCCGAAAUACAGGCCCUGAGUUCCUUCGGUUUCCAGUACCUAACGGAAGUCUACUUGCCCAUGAAGUUGCAAGAAGGUGACUGGAUCUGACCAGAACGCUUUGGGGGCGCUUCUGUCAGGGAUUUGCAAGAACAUUUGCUACACUUCUCGUGCUUUACUUUUGUGCUUCCAUUCUCAGUGGCCAGGACUUUGCCUUAACCUGUAGUCAGAGGAAGCAAGUUGCGGUGAUGCACCGAGCAGAACACUCGCUGGCAUGCUGCCAGAUCGAUUCUAGAAGUCGGAUGAAAAUUCUUCUGUACUGUAAACCAUUUUCUAAUUGCUGUGGCAGUAAAAUCUACUGUAAACGAUUAUACGUUCCCUCCAUAUGCGGGCCUGGCAUGCAACUUAAAGCUUAUGACACAG